AUGGUCAAGUCAUAUCUAAAGUUCGAGCACAGCAAGACCUUUGGCCAGAUUUGUACAGCCUCCGCGAACGUCGUCUGGGACCCAACCACCGAGCAUGAGGAUUCUACGAGUAGAAGUGGCUCCGGCCGUGCCUAUGUUGGCGCCAACGAGGAAGUCAUAGUAUGGGAUCUAAAGAAGUCGGAAAAAAUCGGAGUGUGGAACGUCGAGGACGAUAAUGCUAUUGUUACCGUCAUCUGCCGGAGUCAGGUUGACCCUGAUGUGUUUGCUGUGGGCUACGACAAUGGCAAGAUUCGAAUAUGGGACUCAAGAACAGCAACGGUGAUAAUCACUUUCAAUGGACACAAGAGGGCAAUUACUCAACUCACAUUUGAUCAUUCUGGAGUGCGUCUAGCCAGCGGGUCAAAGGACACUGAUAUUAUCCUCUGGGACUUGGUUGCAGAGGUGGGAUUGUAUCGUCUCCGCGGUCACAAGGACCAAAUCACUUCGCUUAAUUUCCUCACCGCUGGCGACACUCCAGACACGCUCGAUGGUGACUCUGCAUCUCAUGAUUUCCUGCUAUCUACCAGCAAGGAUGCGCUAAUUAAGGUUUGGGAACUGGCGACCCAGCACUGUAUCGAGACGCAUGUGACACAAACGAAUGGAGAAUGUUGGGCUCUUGGACUUACAAGAGAUGGCAGCGGCUGCAUUACCGCGGGAAAUGAUGGGGAGUUAAAAGUGUGGUCAAUUAACCAACUCGGCUUGAAGGAGAAGAUUUCCAUCAACAUACAAGAAGGACAAAAUAUCCUGCGGGAGCAAGGGACACUGUACCGGCACGGCCGCGAUCGGCCAUUGGGGAUUACAUUCCACCCAAAACGCGACUUGAUUGCCGUACACGGCUCCGACAAGUCUGUCGAGAUUCUACGAAUUCGUUCAGAGGCGGAACUAAGAAAAUCCCUCGCCCGGAAGCGGAAAAGGAGGAAAGAGAAGGAUGGAGCUGCGGCGGACGCUGACUCAGGAGUUGAUGUCGCUGACGACGUCGAAGACUCGACAGACAUUUCCAACGCAACAGCUGCAGACAUAUUUGUGCCUUACGUUCUUGUCCGUACAGGAGGCAAGGUCAGAUCGAUGGACUGGGCGGGGGGGAAGUCUGGCAAGUCAAUCCGGGUCCUGGUGGCCACUUCCAACAAUCAACUCGAGCUCUUCGACGUGGCGGCUUCAGAGAAGAAGAGAUCAUCUGAAGCUCCAGAGUACAACCGUGCGCUCACCGUGGACAUGCCGGGCCACCGUACUGACAUUCGCUGCGUUGCUCUCAGCUCAGAUGACAGAAUGCUCGCCACCGCAUCUCAGGGGAGCUUGAAGAUAUGGAACACACGAACACAGACUUGUCUGCGAACACUAGAUUGUGGACAUGCUCUUUGCGUGGCAUUCUUGCCGGGCGACAAGAUCGUCGUCGUGGGGACACGAGAAGGUACGCUUGAAGUAUUCGACAUUGCAGCGUCCACCCUGCUGGAUACGAUCAACGCGCAUGAGCGAGACAUCUGGUCGCUGCAAGUCAGCCCGGAUGGCAAAUCUUUGCUCACAGGAUCUGCCGAUAAAAGUGCCAAAUUCUGGCAGUUCAAAGUCGUUCAGGAAGAAGUGCUGGGAACAACGCGGAAAAAUGCGAAACUCACUCUCGUCCAUACUCGGACCCUGAAAGUCAGCGACGACAUUCUGAGCGUCUGUUUCUCUCCUGACGAGAGACUCCUCGCCGUCAGUACACUCGACAAUACUGUCAAGGUCUUCUUCACCGACACCCUGAAACUCUUCCUUACACUCUACGGCCACAAACUCCCCGUCCUUGCGAUGGACAUCAGCUACGACAGCAAACUUAUCGUCACCUCAAGCGCUGACAAAAACGUCCGCGUCUGGGGCCUUGACUUUGGGGACUGUCACAAGGCAUUUUUUGCCCACCAAGACAGUAUCCUGGCCGUGAAAUUCAUCCCCAAUAAUGACGAAGGGAACGGCCACCAUUUUUUCUCCGCCAGCAAGGACAAGGUGAUGAAAUACUAUGACGCGGAUAAAUUUGAGCAGAUACAAAAGCUGGAGGGUCACCACGGGGAGAUUUGGGCCCUGGCAGUUGCACACUCUGGAGAGUUUGUUGUGACAGCAAGUCACGAUAAGAGCAUCCGCAUAUGGCAACAGACCGAUGAGCAGAUUUUCUUGGAGGAAGAAAGAGAAAAGGAACUCGAGGAUCUGUAUGAGAACACGCUUUUGACGUCGCUGGAGAAUGAAUCAAAUGAGGUUGACGGCGAGGGAAACGCGGAUGGUGUCGAAGCAGGCCCAGCUGGCAAGCAGACUGCCCAGACAUUGAUGGCUGGGGAGAGAAUAGCAGAAGCAUUGGAAGUCGGCGUGGAGGAUCUCGAAACAAUGCGAAUUUACGACGAAACGAAACGAACGAAUCCUAAAGCUGCACCUCCGCAGCGGAAUCCGAUCUUCCUUGCCAACAACAAUAUGUCCGCAUCAACCUACGUGCUCAGCACUUUCCAGAAGAUCCCCUCAGCGUCUCUCCAGGAUGCCCUGCUCGUUCUCUCAUUCUCUCAAAUUCCCGCACUCUUUACGUUCCUCGCCCUCUGGGCUGAAGAAGGACGCGCCAUCCCCCUGACAUGUCGGAUAUUAUUGUUUAUGCUGAAGACGCACCAAAAACAGAUUGUGAGUUCGAGAGCAAUGAAAGGGAUGUUGGAGGAGGUGAGGAGCAAGUUGAGAAGGACGCUAAUGAGGCAGAAAGGAGAGCUGGGAUUUAAUCUCGCGGGAUUGAGAGUGCUAGGGCGGCGAGUGAGAGAAGUUGCAGGAGAAACAGAAUACGUCGAUGAAGAGACAUGGCAGGAGGGUGAAGGGGCAGCGGCUGGCAUGACCAGAGGAAAGAAGAGAGAGUUUGUGAAUAUUGCCUAG